AUGUUUCUUCUUAUUCGUUUAUUCAAUAUUGAUCUGAUUCGUCAUUAUUCUAGUAGUAGUCGAGAAUUUUAUGCUACAUUGAAAAAAUCUUAUCGUUCAACAAAAUUAAAUUUAUUUAUGGCAUCAAAUAAUCGAACAUGUUUUAUCUUUGAUAAAGAUGAUUCAACUAAAAUUCUUAUUCAAAUGGUUUAUGAAAUACCUUCAACAAAAAUACGUCGUCAAUUUAAUUUAUUACGUUCUGUUGAUGAAUCUCUUUCACAAACAAUACAUCGUUUAAAAUCUAAUAUUGAACGUGCUAUUAUCAAAGAAAAUAAAUUAAAUAAACCUGUUAUUAAAUAUAGUUUUCCUGAUAAUAUAUUGACAAAUACAACAAGAACAGCAUUUCUAGAUAUUGAUUAUGGUGAUGAUGAUGAAUAUUCAUUAUUUGAUAUGUAUGUUGCAGAUUAUAUAAAACGAUAA